AUGGAAAGGAAACACUCUGGUAUCAUAAGUAGUAUUGAAAAUAAAGAGGUCAAUUUGAGUGGUACAUCAAAUAAGCUAGUCCGAAGUACUUCCUCAUCAUCUUCAGGUUUGGAUCUUAAUGAAAAACCUAUUUAUGAAGGUCCUCUUAACCGAUACUUGAACAAUGCAAUUUCAUUUUCAGAAGGUGGGUACAGAAAUAAUGACGUCACAAAUGCAUUAAUGUACAUGAUUGCUGUCGAUAAUCUCCCUUUGCGUAAUACACCGGAAAAACCAGGCUUCAGAAUGUUCGUUCAAAAAUUACAGCCACUUAUUAAACCGCCCUGUGAGCCCACAAUAACAAAACGAAUGACAGCGAAGUAUGAAGAGCUUAAAAUUAGAGUGAAAGCUGAACUCCGAGAAGCCGAUUCAGUUUGCUUAACAACUGAUAUUUGGACGCACAAAAAUACGAUGCGUAGCUAUCUUGGACUAACUGUUCAUUAUCUAAAAGGAUACGAAAUGAAAUCGUAUGAGCUUGGUGCCUAUUAUCUACAGGAUAGGAAAACUAUUGCUAUUCUUCGGAUGAAGUUAAGAGACAUUUGCAAUGAGUGGGAUAUUCAUGACGAUAAAAUAAGUACAGCCGUUUCUGAUGGCGGAGCAAACAUCAAAGGUGCUAUCAAAGAAGAAUUCGGAGAGUCUAAACAUAUUUCAUGCUUCGGUCACGCCAUAAAUAAUAUUGGUCAAAAACUAAUAGAAGUUGAUACAUCUAAGCUCGCGUCUGAAUUAAGUGAUGAUAAUAUUCAUCAUUUACUCGAUGAUGAAAGUGAUACUGAGGAGUUUUUUUGUGAAGAUUCCCAAAAUUCGUCAGUGAGAAAUCUUAUAAUGAAAGUUAAGAAGAUCGUCAAGUUUUUCCGCUGCAGUGAAAUUGCGUCUCGUGAGCUAGAAAUUUUGCAAGAGCAGUCUGGGUUUCAUCGAGACAAAAGUUCAAGGUCGAAACCUCCUGAAAUUUUAACAGCCGAAGAGCUUGAUGCUCUGAUUGAAAUACGAGACAUCUUGAAGCCGUUAUGGCAUGUAACUCACGAAGUCAGCGCUGACAAGGAAGUGACAUUAAGUAAAUGUAUCCCAUUAAUUACUGGAUUGAAGAGAGGAACCGACAGACUUUGUCCUGUGACAUCAAUUGGAAUACAAAUGAAGAAAAACCUAGUCGCUGAAAUAAAACAAAAGUUCUCAAAUAUAGAGUCGGUAAAAGUGUAUUCGAUUGCUACUCUUUUAGAUCCACGAUUUAAAAAAAUAGUUUUUCAAAAUAUUCAAAAUCCAGCACGCGCUGUGACUACUGUGGGUGAAAUUUUGAAAAAAGAAAUCAAGUCAUCGAAAACUCUUGCGAUUACCUGCGAAAAUAAUCUCACAGAUCAUCAACUAUCUUCAGGUGGUAAUGAUCUGUGGGAUUUUUUAGACGACGCUGUGCAACACAACAUACAAGUCGCUGACAGCGAUGAAGCAGGCGGUCUGCCCAUCGAACUUGGGCAGUUUUUGAAUCGGUCUACAGUAGACCGAAAAACUAAUCCAAACCCGAUUGCAACUUGGCAAUCGUACGAAUCUGAUUACCCCCAUUUAUCCCCUAUUGCUAGAAAAUAUUCAAGAAAAGAUACUGAAAGGCUAGAAAAAGGAAAGUAG